AUGGAGAAUUUUAUGAAAUACGGCGUUUUAAUCGGCUUCUCAUCUGGAAACUUUCGCCCAGGCGAUGUCCAGCUCGGACUUCUUUGCUAUUUCAUGAUCCCAUGCCACUUGCUCGUCGCAUAUAUUAUCGAACUUACGGCUGCAGGACAGGCACGAGCUGCCCAAGCGACACAGAAGAAGACAGACGAGAGCAAACCGGUCAAGCUACGGGUUAGAUGGAAACUUAUUGCGUUUGCACACGCCCUGAAUGCGACGCUAUGUUUGAGUGUUACUAGUGCCGCUGUUUAUUGGAACAUUGAUCACCCGUUAAUCGGAACAUUGUGUGAGCUGCACGCGGUCAUAGUAUGGCUUAAACUGCUCUCUUACGCCUUCACAAACCGUGACCUUCGAGAUUCGUACCUAGAAUCGCACCCGGUGCCCGAAAUUUACGCCUCUUGUCCAUAUCCUGAAAACAUCACACUUGGGAAUCUUACAUACUUCUGGUGGGCGCCGACGUUGGUGUAUCAACCUGUGUACCCCAGAUCUGCGAAUUUUAGGAUGGGAUUCUUCCUUAAGAGGUUUGGAGAGGUGAUUGGGUUGAGUAUGGCGAUUUGGUUUUUGACACAACAAUAUGCAGUACCAACACUACGAAAUUCGUUGAUUGCCAUGGAUAGAGUGAACCUGGCGCAUAUAUUUGAAAGGUUGAUGAAGUUGAGCACGAUAUCAACAGUAAUCUGGUUGUGUGGGUUCUUCGCGAUCUUCCAGAGUGGAUUGAAUGCUCUAGCUGAAGUUAUGAGAUUCGGAGACCGAGAGUUCUAUGCCGAUUGGUGGAACUCCGCCAGUCUCGGCGGGUACUGGCGAACAUGGAACCGUCCCGUUUAUCAAUUCAUGAAACGACACAUCUACGCUCCAUUGAGAGGGAGAGGAUGGCGUCACGGUCCAGCUAGUACGAUGGUAUUCUUGUUUUCGGCGGUACUACACGAAAUGCUUGUGGGAUUGCCAACGAAGAAUAUCAUCGGGGUGGCGUUUGCGGGGAUGUUGUUCCAGCUGCCGUUGAUUGCGGUUACUCUGCCGUUGGAGAAGAUGCAUGGGACAUCGGCUAGUACUGUGGGGAAUGCUAUAUUUUGGACGAGCUUUUGUCUUGUUGGACAACCAUUCGCGGCGCUUUGUUAUUUCUUUGCGUAUUCGUUACGGAAUCAGGAUAUAGCUCCGGCGAGCUAG